AUGGAGGGCUUCGACACCAUGACCAUGUCUUCCUACCUGGCUAGCCCGCUUUCCCUCGGCAAUAUGCAGGGCACCGACUACCUCAACGCCAUGGCUCCGAUGGACCUUCCAGACCAGCGGUCCAAUUUCGAUACCGAGACUUUUGUCAGCGGUGACGACUUGGCCUUCUCGCAGCCCGGCAUGGCAGCCCCCAUGAGGCGCUUCUCCACCUAUGAGGAAGCCUUUCCCCCGCCGGAGGUGAUGGCGCCUCCCUUCGAGUCGCUCUCCUCGGAGCAACAACAACAGCAGCAGCAGCAACAGCAGCAGCCGCCGCCGGCAGAACCGUCCGUCGACCACAAUCACCGCUUGCUCUCCUUCUCCAUGCCUAUCUACAGCUUCACCCUGCUCGACUACUCGCUGCGACGAACGUCGCUGUCCCUGACGGCCCAGCUGCACGGCAUGUUCUUCCUGGCCGAAUCGCCCUGGACGAACUCGCCUACUGAGGUGCCGCCGCCCCAGGUGGCGGAGUUGACCUGCUACCGCCGCAAUCUGUUCCAGAUCACCGGCUCCGUCACCCUGCCUCGCAACUUGCGCUACAUCAUGACUGACCAAGGCGACCGGAUCCCGAUCCUCGCCCAGGAGCUCACCGUCUCCGCCACCGAGUCUGUCGAGGGGAACCCUGUCAAGAUCAUCUCCGUGCCCUGGAAGACGCCGGCCGCCGCGGCUGCCAACGGCAAUGGGAACGCGCCGCCGCCCGCGCCGGAGGAGAAGGCCGAGAAGGAGCCGCCGGCGAUCCCGCUGGACACGAUGGCCGCCGGCCAGGACAUGGAUUCGGACUACGCGACGUUUCCCAUCGCCUGGAAGCGACUGCAAUUCCGGAUCGCGACGGCCAACAACGGCCGCCGCAAGGAGCUGCAGCAACACUUUGUUGUCCGCCUCAAGGUCGUGGCGACCCUGUCGACGGGCGCGAAGAUCCCGAUCUGUGAGGUGCACUCGGGCCCUGUCAUCGUGCGUGGCCGAAGCCCUCGCAACUUCCAGUCGCGCAAGGACCUGCCCUUGAGCAGCAGCGCGGCCUCGUCACGAAAGAAUCAGAAUCAGCAUGUUGCCAAUCGGGCUGCCGCUGCUGCUGCUGCCGCCGCCGCCGCUGCUGCGACGACAGCCGGCGACAACCCAGCGAGCCAGACGCCGGUUGCGACGUCGGCUCCGGCAAAACUCCCGAGCAAGAGCAGCUCGCCGCCGGAGAUGUCGCAGAUGAUGGGGCCGUUUGACGCGGCUGGCAUCCCGCCGGCGCCGUCAUCGUCGUCGCCGUCCUUUUCUGCGGAUUGGACGCAGAUGCCGGCUCCAGCCAACACGGCGGGUCCUCUAGCGACGCCGUCCUUUGCUCCUGCUAACAUGCCCAACGGGCUGCCCGUCUAUCCACAGUCCAGUCCCGGCCAGCUGAAGCAUCAACCGAGUCGAGAACAGUACGGCCAAUCCGACGACGACGGCCGACGCAAACGGUUCGACCACCGCAACGACGACGUCUCAAAAACGGUCGAGUCCGGACGCGGCGGAGGCACCCCCGGCCAAGAUGCAGAAGGUGGCGCAGACGCAGACGCAGACGCCGACGCGAACGCGGCCCAACCGGGCAGCGUCGACGACCGUUCCGAUGCUCACAGCGCCAGCGACGACGGCGGCGCUGCAGCAGCCGUUCCACCCGCCGCCGUCGUCGUUCAGUUCGUCGCUGCCGUACCCGAGCGAGAGUGCGGAUCUGCUGUACGAGUAUUUUCCGCUGAGCAUGGAUGA